UCUACAGAACUACAUUACCCAAAGACCAUUGCGCAGAAUGUUGGUGGCGCUGAAAAUGUCAUGAGAAGUGUAUAAAAUUGGCUAACAGCAGAACAUAGUAACCCUUUAAGAACAGAAGAUAGUCUCAGUGAUAACUGGUUUUGCGUAUUUCGAGUGGUACUUGUCUUUUGGCAUUGUUCGAUGUCGAGUCAAGCCUGGAUAGAAUCGUCUCUGAGACGGUCUUCCAGGCUUGGACUGCAAGUGUUGGAACGCGCCCAGAGACGUAGCGUCGACUGGGCGAGUGUGAGUCCGUCAUCGCAGCCCACCCCGGUAGAGGAUGCCUCGAGAAACCAGCCCGAGCCCUGGGAGGCGGAGACACAGAAAGCGCGGACGCGUACAACCCUAGAUGACGCUUUUGAAACCGUAGUGGAAUUUAUGGCACAGACUACUCAUCAAUGCAAGAACUUCUAUAAGUCCGUUCCAGUGCAGGGGACCUCUGAGUUUGAGGUAAAGCACGUGUGCAGAUACCACUCACACCGGCUGCCACGGCCCUUAAAGCAUACCACCUCUCGGAGGAAUGAACAAACGCCAUUGGAGGAUUUCCACAUUGAAGUUUCUCCAGGAACCUACGCUGUCACCGCUGGGGCAGUAGACUCAAACCAGCAGACCCACCUGGUGCAGGUCGAAGCCGGAGAGAGCGUCAACCUGACAUUUCACCUCUAACGUUUCAACCUGUUAGGAUUUCACAGAUCGUAACAAAACUGUCUAAUGUGUGCAAUUUUUGUGUUUGCCCAGUACAUGCUUCAAGUCUGCCAAUUAAGUCGAUGUGCUUUCAUGUAUAUUGCUGCUAAUUUUAAAUAAGCCAUAAAUCCUUUUAUAAUGAAAUUUUAAAAAAUGUAUGUCAGAGGUAUAUUUCAAGAUUGAAGUUUAUUUUUUAUAAUUUCAUGUCUAUGCUGCAACUAAUUAAUAUAUAUGAAUCAAUGUGUCCAAUAAAGUAUAUAUUUCAAUA